GUACCUGGUUUCAAUGAAUCCGCAUCGGGGGAGAACGGUUUCAAGUGGUCUCGAGCGGAUGCAAUGGGCACAUCGAUUAUUUUUCCGAAAACAGCAAAUCCGCAACGAGGAAUACGUGAGUUCCAUGAUCAGUGUCAUUACUAUGAUCGUGGCCUGGAACGAUUCGCCGAAUUACGCCGUAUGCCAUUGGAUGUUGCAGUGGAAGCAGUACGAAAUGAAACUGCAAAACUUAUUGAAUGCAACAGAUGGGAAUAUGAUCAGGAUAAUGGUUCUUGAGAAAUGA